GCCCGUUGUUGCGCCAACAGCACGCCCCUCCACGCCUGCCGCCCCGCCGCUUGCUUUCCGCCUCGUUCGCGUGUGUCGACAUUGGUCGUUGUUUUGGUUUCUCCACCGUUGGUGUGCUGCUGGCCAGGCGUGUCGAGCUGCAUGUCGAGCGGUUGCCCCGUGACUUCCACAGCAACUGCCCCUGUUUCCAGACGGCUCUUUACAUGUCAUCAUUGUUCACGCACCCACACGCGCGCGCAGCAACUCAACACACACAAGCACACAAGCACACACAAGCACACACAAGCACACAAGCACACAAGCACCCACCACUGCAGCACCACCAGCCAGCAGUGGCGCGCGACUUUCUUUGUGGUGCACCCUCCUCGUCGUCACCGAUCCGCUCACACGCAGCAACAACAAGGCCUGGCUGCGUGACAACACGGUGUUUCUCCCACCAACACCCGGGCACAACACGCCCGUCGGCACACCAACCAACCGUCCAGCAAGCAAGUCUGCAAGCACAGCACUCAACAAAAAUCAGCAACCCGGCAUUGCUCUUGGCGUCCACCCUCCUUUCUCACCCACUCCCUCCCAGCACACUCUCCAGCCUACGUGAAACGCACACACAUGAGCAGCUGCAGAGAGCACCUCUCCAUCGCCACCCCCCGCCCACACACAAACACACAAACAGCAGCCGUCACACCAGCACCCAGCAGUAACAUCUCCCCACUUGCUCUCCGUGAUCUGAUCUGAGCGAGUUCACUCCGCGCCCACAAGCCGCCACAGACCUCCCGCGAGCGCUGGUGCAAGAGUCACGCGCUGCGGCAACCACACUUCUGCCUGUUACAUGGCGCAAGCCCCAGCCACCGCACAAGCAGCAAGCACAAGCACAGCCGCCGACACACGCACAACGCCAGCAACUGCCGCAGCCACAGCAACACCACGCAUCACUUGUCUUCAGGCCACAUCACCUCGCCCAGCACUAUGCGGCAUGUCGCAUAGGCACAGCAGACACAUGACCACCACCACCACCACGGCCACGGCCACCAUGCAGGCGUUCAUCGUGGUGCUGGCACUCGCUCUUGCCACAGGGGUGCAUGGCGCGUGCAACUGGGAGCCUGUUGCCAGCAGCUGCUCCGUCGCAUGUGGUGGAGGUGUCCAACACGUUGACUACACCUGUGUGUGCGCAUCUUCCUCCACCACGAGCCAAUGCAGCACUCCCAAACCAGCACCACAUACACGCGCGUGCAACGAAGAGCAGUGCGCCUACUGCCACACGUUUCACUUCACCAACGUCCCACUGAACGUGCGCCACAGCGACAUCAUUUCCGCCGCCCAGCUGGCAUUCUCGCCACCAAACACCACCAUUGCCGCAUCCACAACAGCCCCGCCCGUCGUGGUCGGGCCAGCCUCAACCACAAACCCCAACAACAGAGUCAACGAUUCCACCACAAUCGCGAACAACAACGACAACAGCAACAGCAACAGCAACAUGCCGUCAUCAGCGCUGCUGGGCGACCACACCGCCUUUCGCUGGAUCUCCCCAGACAACACUGUUGUGCUUGCGUUUGACCCGGACACGCAGCUGUGGGUGGUCACCCACACCACCACGGGCGACGUGCUUGCAAGCACGCCCUCCCACCCGCCGUUUGUGUCCUCUGCUGGCACCCCAGCCCUGUGGGACAUGUUUGAUCCCGCGGUGGUUGCGUUUCAGGUUGCCCGCACCGCGCGUAUGGUGUGCAGCGCAUGCCAUGUCGACGAUGACAGCGAACCCGCCGAGUUUUUUCUUCGCAAGGACACGUGUGCGCAGGUGUCGCCUGCGUGUGCGUCUUCCGAGCAAGUUGCUGCGCCCACGGCCACAUCGGAUCGCGUGUGCUCCAAUGCACGCUGCACCGACAACUGCGCCAACUGCACACGUGACGGCGCGUGCGUGCUCUGCCCGACAUACACAUACCUGCACGACGGCCAGUGCGUGACAUCGUGCCCGUCACCGCUCAUUGCAGACGAUGUGACCCGCUCCUGUCGCGUGUGCGGCGCCGCCCACUACCCAGCAGCAGCAACAGCAGCAGCAGCAGCAGCAGACGGUCGUGGUGACAGUACACAGUGCCUGCCGUGCUCGCAGGCGACGUGCUAUGCGUGCGGGCUGAAUGGCGAGUGCGUGUGCGACAUUGGGUCGACGCUGACCAGUGGCGAGUGCAUCCACACCGCCGGCACCACAACCGUAUUUGUCCAGACACACGACGCCAAUCCCUUCAACUCAACGGUGCUUCGACGGGAACUGGAAGCCCUGCUGCACGCGCGCGUGUACUUUGAGUUUGUGGGCAGCGGCAACGCCGUGUCUGUCACCUUCUCCGCGUGUAGAACAGAGACCCGCCUGUGUCUUGCCUCAGGCCUUUUGCAAGCCCUGGUGAUGGACGAAGACACAUUGCGGCAGUUGGAGCAGGACACAGGGUACACUCUGACGGUGCUUGCAAGCACGCCGACAACCACCACGACUGGUGCUCCGCCAGCUUCCAACUCGGGCGUCCCAGGCCUGUCUGAUCUGGCGUACAUCCUGAUUGCGGUUGGAGGAUUUCUCCUCCUCGUUGUUCUCGGUUUUGUCGUCUCCAUCGCCUGCACUUCGAACAAGAGGCAAAAGCGCCGCAAUGAACUGCGGCUGACCAGCAACGGGCACUCGCCGAGCAAAGGCGACCGCGCUCGCGAUCACCACAAGAGGAGGCGAAAGCACCACAAGCACGCCAACAACCAGCGAAAGGCAAACGCCCUCAAUGCCCUCGAAUACGACGACACACCCCUCUGCAAUGUGACAUCAGAAAUGCUGCUUGGAUCCGAGACAGAGGGUGCUGCUAGUGUUGACUUGUGCACGCGUUUCCACGAUGUGCUCAAGUGGUGGAAGACAUCAGAGCUUGUCCGCGGCGUCGGCCUCUCAAAGACCGGGCGGCCGUACGCGUGGUUCCUCGGCCUCGUGUCGACGGAGCGAUCAGAGCAGAUUCUCCUCUCCAGCUGUGAGGGCGCUUUCCACAUCCGCGUCUCACGCGACUUUCCGGGGUAUGUGCUGUCUGCGCACCACAAGAACCGUGUGUACCACUACGACAUUCACGUCGUCCGCCGCCACCGCUACCGCAUUGCUGGCGACGCCGGUGGUAACGCCCGCCACAAGUCACUGCGCAGCAUCGUUCACUACCACGCUCGCGCACCGCUCAAGGGUGCCGGGUAUCUGCGGCGGCCGUGUGGCGACCGCGCCGUGUCGUACCACGAGCUCAUCCGCAUGGUCCGCAGCAUGACAAUGACCGCGUCCAUCUUUGAUGUUCCGAGCGAGGCGGCGCCACGGGGGCGACGGGAGCGACCGGCGACAUUCUACCGCGAAGCGGACAGUGAUGAGGAGAGCCAGAUCUAUUACACCCUCGAGGAGCUUCAGGCGCAGCAGGAGCCAAUCUACCAAACCCUCUCAGAGACAGAGCGCCAGACACGCGAGUUGGAGAUUCGGGCAGAGCUGGAGGCCGACAGCGACAACGGCGCCGAAGUCAUGCAACUGCCGCACUCUGAUGUUGAUGUUGAUGACGAUGAUGUUGACGAUGACGAUGACGACGAUGCCGAGGAUAUGGAUGUGAGCCACGACGCGUCGCACAACCGCUCCUCUGCGGACUCGAGUGCACAGCAGAGCGAGGGCCAUCGUCGCGUGCGUGCACUGCAGCACCUCAACCGCCACAUUGCCAGGUUCUCGCACGCCGAGGACCCAGUGCAUGCUGGCAGACAACAUACGGGCGCAGGCGCAGGUGCAGUGCAUGUGCGCGAAAGCUUGCUGCAGUUUGACACGGAUGUGCGGAAUCACCCGCAGCAGCUGCUGCAACAGCAAGAGCAUCACCUCAACGACGCAAGCGCGCUGCUGCAUGCUGACUCUGCCGACCAGACGCGCGACCACCACCUGUUUGCGUCGUCUGCGGCGCUGCUUGACUUUGACACACCGGAUCACGCGUUGCGGCGAUCACACUCCCUGCCCACCCUGGCCGCAUGCCAGGCCAUCGCGUCCCAGCUGCCCCGCCUUCGCCACCACCGCCGUCGUCACGACAAGCACUGUGGUGAUGACAGUGAGGAGGACAACCAGCAAGCGUCAUUGUCGCACGGAGCAGCUGCAAAACCAACAGCAACAGCAACAACAACAACAACAAGGUCAUCAUCCUCGCCACCGCCGCUGCCGUCUCCUCUGCACACGCUCUCGCUUCGCGAGCAUCACCCUGCUCGCUCCCAGUCUGUCGGGGUGUCCAGCGUGUACGACCACGAGCCCUGGCUCGCGGCAACGGUUGUCUCCAACCCUUCGCGCGAGCUUGGUGCCAAUGCGCUGCGGCGUUGGCCCGGCCGGGCAGGUGCACCCCCAGGCCUGCUACACCCGCGCCACGAACUCGCCUGUGCACUCGUCAGCGGUGUGCGCAGUGGCAACCUGUCGUCCCACGGCGAUGGCAGCUCUGGGUCGCGCGGCACCGACGCAGAUGGCGAGAGCCCUUGGUCGCUUGGGUCGUCGCCGCGUGCCACGUCUGCAAACCCUGGGCGAGGCCUCAUUCAUGGUGGCCGUGAUGACGCCAUCGCACACACACGCACUGCUGUGCUGGCUGAUACCGCUGCUGAGGACGAAGGCGACGGCGUGGUCAUCGAGCGUGCGCGUGUUGUUGCUCGAGGCGUGGCAGACAGGCGUCGCGUCUUGCUGCGCGGUGGCGAUGAUGACGAUGACGACAUCAACAGCUAUGCGUCUGUUGUUGAAGGUGGCCAGUCCUACGCCAGCGUGCUUCCGAUUGACGUGGGCGCAUAUGCCACCAUCGUGGACGACGACGAAGACGCGCGGGAUGUCGGCUCGUACGUGAGUGUCGACGACGUGGGCUCGUAUGCGAGCGUGACCGGCAACAGUGGCGAUCCUCGCCGCGUGCUCCAGCUGGAUCCAUCACCGCUGGCACAGCACACUCAGCGGUGGAGCGAUGAGGACGUGCCGAACAAGAGCAGCAACGGGGCUGGGCGCCACAACGCACCACACCCGCUCACGACGACAGCGACGGCAACGGGCACCGACAGCGGCAGCACCGGAUACGCGAGCGGGGGCAGCAGCGGGGGCGAUGGGAACGAGGGCCGGCCCAAGUUCCACCGCGUGCCGCUGCAGACGGCGAUCAAGAACGUGGCGGCGGCGCGGAAGGGCGCAGACGACUGGCGCCGUCGGUCCCGCGGUGUCGAGGUGGACGCAGACGUGAUUCUCCGCACAUCACCAAGCCGAACGGCAUGCGCUGCGCAGCAAACUGCAGGUAGCAACAACAACAGCAACAGCAGCAGUGGUGGCGAUGGCAGUGGUGAUGGUGGGAGGCGGCACAGGCUCCGGCGCAGGUCGCAGCAGUCAGCGGAGCUCGCCGCCGCUGCUGAUGCCAAUGAUGUUGGCAUGACCGCGAUGAUUGCGAGCACGGCUGGCUGCACGCCGCCAUCUUUACAGACGCGAGCUCGGCCCAAUCGCAGCAGGGGCAACGGCAGCAGCAGGAGCAGGAAGAAACGCCACUCCUCGCAGCCCCGCCCACACGGCAGCACGCAUGCCGAUGACGAUGAUGACGAUGAUGACGACGUUUACAACGGCCACGAUGGCGGCGAUCGAAGGAGACGCAGCAGCGAGGAACCACGGCGGCGGCGGCACCGGCGACACAGCGCGUCAUGGCGGUCUGUUGAGCGCCAACAGUCGUCUUCGCCACGCCUGUUGCUCCUACAGUCACAGCAGUCGCAGCAGUCACAAUCGCCUGUGAGGGCAGAGGGUGCUGUGCGACAGCGUGUGCUGCAGUUGCAGCGGCAGAUGUUGCCUGACCCCGUGGCCGUGACGCGGGUGCACGUGGGCGCACCAUCACACCCAGCAUCAUCCCAUGGGCAGCAUCGUCAACAUCACCCCCGCAUGGCGUACCGUCACAUGUCCGCCGACAGCGCCGCUGACACCCACGCACAUCACCAUCACCAUGCGGAUCAGUUUGCGCACCAGCAACCGGGGCAGCUUCAGCAGCGGGAGAGCAGGCGCAUCAAGGGGCGAAGCGUUGAUGUGAUGGCGCGACCAUCAACACCGCCAACGCAGCUGCACUGCCACGACAACCGCAGCAGCUACCCCCUCUCCGCACACAACGUGUCGAGCAGCGUGUCCCCGCGGCGCGUGGUGCUCACGCGAUCAGGGACGCCGCCCUUGCAUCAUGGCGCUGGCCUGUACACGAAGAAUUCGCCGGCGUUUGGCGCUGUGCCGCCGCCAUCGCGCCCCGAUCGUGGCGUGCGCGAACGCACAUCCUCUCCACUCGCCACACAGCUCAUGGAGCAGAGCUUGUAUCGUUCCACAUCCCCACAGGUGUUCCAGCAGCAUCAUCCACAACAGCCUGCGAUGGUGUUGGAGUCAAGUCUGCCACCUCCACCGCCGUACACACGCGCAUCGGCGCCAAACCCACUGCGGCGCACGCGAACGAGCCAUGACGUGCAGGGACGCAGAUCACCACCCCCGUACUCCGCACUGCACCCACAGCUCUCAACAUCGGCUGAGCAUGGACGCACACGCUCCCGCUCCGAGCGCUAUCAACGACGCUCCUUGCCUGUGCAGGAGCUGUAACAUCAGAGGCGUUGACGCGGUAUCGUUGUACUCCACCGUAUCGUGGCACUGCUGCGACUGGCCAAAACUGUUUGACACCUGACUGUCACUGCAACUACAGCAGUGAACUGGCGGAGCCAUGCGGGGCUGUUCCAACGUGCUUGUGGUUGCUCUUAAUGUCGCCCCCUUGCACGACUUUAGACCACCAGCUUGCUUCAGUGUUGCGUAUUUAGUCGUCGUUGGUCAUAUUCAAUUAUGCAAGGCAUUCCAUUUGUGUGUGUGUGUGUGUGUGUGUGUUUGUUACAUGUGCUUCAAACGUGUGCAUGCUUGUCUUAUGUUUAUAUUCACAUCAUUUGUACUGGCUGCUUGUCACUACUGCCCUGCUCUUUGCUCUAAGUCACAUCACGGUAAUUAAAUGCAUCACCCUCCA